AAAUUGCUUCCAAAGCGAGGGAAAAAAGAGACACUCUGAUCACUGAAGAAAUAAAGCUCGAGAAGAGAGUCUAAUGGCUCCGAAGCGUAAGGCCAAGGUCGUCAAGACGACGAGGAAGGUGGUUCAAGAAACAGUCGAAGUCGCUCUCGUCGAAAAGGACCAGAAGUUAGCCGCUGAAGCCGAAAAUGGCGUCGAAAUACUGCAACAAGAAUCAGAGAGCGAGGUCGUGAAGACCACCGUAACGGUGGCAGGAAAAUUAGCGGAAGGAGCCGAACAAGUGACGGUCGAAAUCCCCGUCGAGCAGCCACCACAGAAAGUAACCGCCGCCACCACUGGAGCACCGAGACCACCGCGACAACCGGAGAGAAAGGCAAAAGGCAAGACCCAGGAUCAGAAAACAACGCAAGAAGCCGAGAAGAAGGGCCGCGAAGAGCAAGAAGUGGACGACGAGACUCAGAGCCCCGAGGACACCCCACGAGCCGAGGCAGAGAGAGAAACCGAGACGCUCGAGGAAGAGCCGGCUCUCGACGACGGAAAGAGAGAGAAAGCGCAGGAAACAGAGAAAGAGAGACGCCCGGAGAAAACAGAGAAAGAGAGAUCCACGAAGAAAGACGUCGAGGCGAAAAACAAGGCAAAGAGAGCCAGAGAAGUGGACCAGAAGGCAAGAGGAGGGCGGCGGAGGUGGAGGCGGAGGCGGGGAGUUGGGGAAGGAGGCGGGGAGCAGCAGUACAAGAGGUACGUGUUCCGGGUGCUUAAGCAGGUGCAUCCGGGGCUUGGGAUAUCGUCAGCCGCGAUGGAAGUGCUCAAUGGGUACAUGAACGACAUGUUCGAGAGGCUGGCCGCUGAGGCGGUGAGGCUGUCGAGCUACGCGGGGAUCAAGACUCUGUCAUCACGGGACAUCCAGGGUGCGGUCCGGCUGGUCCUGCCCGGCGAGCUUGGGCGGCACGCCAUUGCGGAGGGGGCUAAGGCCGUGACGAACUACAUGGAGCAUGGCGGCGGCGGCGGCGGCGGGAGUGGUGGGGGGCCAAGUCCAAGCCCUAGGAUGUUUUCAUUUAGUUCUGGCUCUGUGGUCAUUUGACUAAGUCCUUUUUAUUUUUUCGGACUUUUAGGUGAUGGUGAUUUUGUAUCUUAUGUUCAGGAUUUCUAAUGUUUUGAUUUCCGUGGGCGGGCCCCUUAGCUCAUUUUUGUC